UUUUGCGGAAGACAGAUGAGAAGGAGAGAUGGCUGUGCACAGAUAGCCUACGGGUUUGGACAUAUUUCUCACCAUGGAUGCUCUGUGGAUGAAAGUAACGCUCAGAGGACAGCUGCUGGGCCUGGCAGUAGUCUUCCUGUGCUGUGCUGGUUCCGUGUGCUGUUUCCGGCCCAGCCUAGACAGCGAGUUUACCUUUCUGCUACCAGCCGGAAGAUCCGAGUGUUUCUUCCAGACAGCAAUAAAGAAUGGUACGAUGGAGGUCGAAUAUCAGGUUAUUGCAGGUGCUGGUAUGGAUGUGGACUUCACCRUCCUCUCUCCAUAUGGAGUCCGGCUCAUCACUGAGUCUCGUCGUUCUGAUGGAGUCCACAUAGUGGAGCCCACAGAGCAGGGAGACUAUGAAAUCUGCUUUGACAACAGCUUCAGUCGCUUCUCAGAGAAAAUGGUGUUUUUUGAGAUCAUAAUGGAGGGUCAGGGAGGAGAUGUGGGCGGAGAUGACGAGUGGCCGGGGUUAGAGGAGGCUGACGGAAGCCUGCUGGACUACAAGCUGGACGACAUCAGGGAGUCCAUGGAGUCUCUGCACAAGCGUUUGGAGCGCAGCCGGCAGAUGCAGACCGUGCUGCGAGCUUUUGAGGCUCGGGAUCGAAACCUUCUGGAAGAUAACCUGUGGAAGGUCUCGUUCUGGUCGUGUGCCAGCGUGUUGGUGAUGCUGUGUGUUGCCUUUACCCAGGUCUACACUGUACGCAGACUGUUUGAUGACAGGCGGAGGGUCUAUACAUAGAGGGGUAAUUCUGAAGUUGUAUGAGACAGCAGUGUUUCCCCUACCAUUAUUCACCCCCCCCCCCCUCCCCAAGAUGGCCCAACCCUCCAAGAAUUUCACGGCACUUAGUCGUUGUUAUUUAAAUAAGGCCAAAUCAAGUCGAGAGCUAUUUUUGCACCCAUCCAUAUCCACCUCUCAAG